AUGGGAAACUGUUGCAAUUAUUGCAAAAAAUGCAAAAAAAAUAAAUAAUAACUCAAAGAAAAAAAAAACCAUAAUGACUAAUAGGAGGCUAUUGUAGAAAAUGUCUCAUAAAUACAAUAAAACAUUGUAAAAGCAGAAGAAAAUAAACCUGCAGAAGUAAAUAAACCUACACCCUCAGAAAAUAAUUUUUAAAUUGAAAAAGUAAUUCCCUAACCAAAAGAGAAGGAAAGGAGUUUAGAUAUUAGGGAAGUUAAUCUACUUGAUAGAAUAUCUACCAUUUCUAUUGAACCAUCAGAUAGUUGUGAUAAUGAAAAUGAUGUAUAAAUAUUUGAAAAGAUAAUGGAAGAAAUCCUAAGCAAAACUACUUUUUUUUAAAAUAAUAAAGCUUCAAUUGUAGAAGAAUUAGAAAAAAACUUUAAUCAAGAUUCAAUAGAAUAAAAAGACUAAUCAUAAAAUAAUGAUUUUAAAGGACCUAAGAUAGUAAAUAGAAAUAUUUGCGAUAUAUAAAAUAAAUAUGAUUUCUCCAAAAUAAAUGAAUUUACAGAAUAUAAACAUUCAAUAACUUUAGUGAGAUUAAUUUAGAAAUAAAAAUCACCUAUUUGCACUUUUAUUGGUAAAAUAGAAGAAAAAUAUUGUUGUGUUAAAUUAAUACCUAUGGUGAAUGUAGAUCAUAUAAAUUAAUGGAUUCAAAGAGUGAGAAAAUUGUAGAGUUAAAAAAAUUUAUUGUUUCUAAAUGAGAAAUGUUAAAAAUAUUAUUAUUAUAAGAUUGAAAAAAUUGAUAAGGAGCCAGACUAUUGCAAUUGCUAUAUCAUAAGUUAAUUGGAAUAAUUUAAUGUUUAUACUGUUAGGUAUUUUUUAUAAUUUUUAUUAAUUUAUAGUCGUCAUCCAAAAAUAACUUUUGCAGAAAAAUUAUUAAUUGCAUGUGAGGUCAUUCAAAUAAUUUCUUUAGUUUUAUAAGAUAAGACAGAAAAGGCUAAUUAAUAAAUUGAGAAUAUAAGUUAAUAAAUUUUUGGGAAUAUGAUGACUGUGAAAAGAAACAACAUUUUAAUUUCAAGAUUCAAAAAGAACGAACAACAUAAAUAAUUUAAUGUGGUCUUAUCAGAUUGGUAAUUGUUGCUUCCUGAAUUUGAAGUGAUAAUUCCAAACUAAAAACUUUAAAAUCAGGAUGAGCUUUACAAAAAAACUAAACAAUAAAUUGAAGACCUUCAAAAUUUAUCAAGCAACAGAUUGGCUCUCUAAAAAUCUUAAAACAGUUAAGAUCAAAAUGCAAAGUAAUUUUUUGAAAAGCAAAAAGAAUUAGAUUAAUUUACUAAAUAAAUUUUGAAACUUUUAUUAUUUAAAGCCAAUUAUGAGUACAUUAUUAAUAUAAUUUAAGUUUGGAUGAUGAGUUAAAUUUAAUAGGAUUUUUUAAUCAAAAAUAAUUUCAAGAUAAGUGUAACAUUUUGAAUAAUAUAGAGAAACACCAAUAAUUAAUAAUCAAAAAAUAAAUUGAAAAUUAUUAAAAUAUCAAUGAAAACCAAAAUGAGAUUAUUCGUUAAAUCUCUUAUUAAAUGUUCAAUUUACUUUAAUUAUCUGACUUAAAUAUCUAAGAUAUUAUUUAUGAAAUUUAUUUAAACAUUGAUUUGAUUCCAUGUGAAAGAUCUAAAGCUAUUUUAUUAGGGUUUAAUGAGAGUAUAUUAAAAAACUAAAUAAAUGUAUGA